AUGGCACGAUCAUCUAAAAGAAAGGUUCACUUACGAAAGAUUAAGGUACAAAAGAUUGCUAAGAGACGGUACCAGGUGGAAGCUUCAGAAACUUGUAGCAGCAGUGGUGACGAACUUAACGACGUCGAGGAUGGAGAAAUAAGUAUUUUGAGACCCGAAGAAGCGAAUAACAUAAUUACAAGGUUGAUGCAGGCAGUUUCAGAAAAGACUACUCAUCGACCACUUGUGUAUAUUGGAAACGCA